CCAGCCCCAUCCUUCAUGACAAAGACCUCCCUUGGAUGUAUCACAUUAAAAAUCCAGUUGGGUCUCUUCCUAAACCCACAAAACCUUCUCGUUUUAAUGGCAGGAGAAGCUUCGAAGUGUCUCCUCUUCUUGCUACUGCUCUCUGUUCUUGCCUUCUACUCUUCAGCAACUCUGGUGGGUUUCUCCUAUGAUGCAAGGAGAAGUAGGGGAGCUUCAUCAGCUACUAAAACAGUGUCAUUCCUGAAGCAAAACAAGGUCUUAGCAUCUCAGAUUCGGGUUUUUGUUGCAGAUCACAAGGUUUUAAAUAGUCUUUUCAACACAGGUGUAUCUGUUGAUCUUUACUUAAAUGAAACAAGAGUUGAGAGUCUGAGAGAUUCCACACCUUCAUCUAUUUCAUGGCUCAAAACCCAUCUACUGACCUUUCUCCCGCACGUAAACAUCCAGAGUGUCAUAGCAAGUAGUGUUAGGAGUGAAUUACCAGGAAAAAAUGAGUUGCCCAGAGUUCUAUCCACCUUGAUAUCAACCCAUUCAAUCCUCAGUAGUUUUCACCUCAGCAGUGAAGUGAAGGUAUCAGUAGCAUUCUCCCUGAAAUUCUUGGAGAACCUUGAUGGAAAACAUGAAAGAGACCUGCGCAGGAUUUUUCAUUUUAUCAAGAAAACUAGGUCUUUUGUCAUUGUAGAAGCCAGUGUUGAUGGAGAAUUGAGCAUGGGAGAUCGGUUUGUUCAGGCAAUGAUCAAGAGAGCCACCCAUGCCAAUGCUGUUCUUCCUUGCAAUGAUGUGCCCAUGAUGUUGACAGUCAAGAGCCCUGCUGCUCCUAGCGGGAUUGAAGUAGCUGCAUUCACCGAUAAGAUCUCAAAAUCUUUAGAGAACAACACAGAGAUUAUAGGUAAGAUAUCCGGGUUAUACGCAGAAGUGUCUGAUAUGGAAGAAUUCAAUCAGAAAGAGCUGAAAAGGGAAGAAGAGCAACUGUUUCCUUCCUCCAGAAGAGAACUGCUGAACAACUUCCACCUGAAAACAACUUUACAUGAUGCGUUCGACCCCCCAACAACCUUUCCCACAAACCCAGUCACCAUUCCGCUUGAUAAUCCCACACCGACGAUCGUCACCGUCCCAUCCACUAGCCCUGUUACAAUAACACCAGCUAGUCCUGAUGCCACUCCUGUUACUGUUCCCUCCACCACGCCUAUCACCAUUCCCCCCACAAAUCCGUUGAAUUCGCCAGUACCAGUCACCAGUCCAGUUACAACACCCAUCACAGUGCCUGGGGCUCAACCAAUAACCAACCCAGUAACUACUUAUCCAGCCCCAUCAGGAAAUAUUCCUACCACAACACCCUUCACAAGCCCUGUGAUGCCUCCAGCAACGCCAAACUCUCCUGCAGCUGUGGGACAGAGCUGGUGUGUGGCAAAGACUGGAGCAAUGGAGUCUGCACUCCAGGCAGCAUUGGAUUAUGCGUGUGGGAUUGGAGGCGCAGACUGCUCGACGAUUCAGCAGGGUGCAAGCUGUUACAAUCCAAAUACCCUUCAAAGCCAUGCCUCAUAUGCAUUCAACAGCUACUAUCAGAAGAAUCCAACAGCAUCCAGCUGUGACUUUGGUGGAACUGCCAUGAUAGUUAACAUCAAUCCAAGUACAGGAUCUUGCGUUUUCCUAUCAUCAUCAUCAUCCUCAUCAUCAUCAUCACCAACACCUUCAUUGCCAACAAUAACAUCACCAACAACAACAUCAUCAUCAUCAUGGCCACCAAUAUCAGGCUCUGGUACUCCACCAACAGUGCUAAACACAAGCAACCCUGCUUCAGCUACCACAACCGGUUAUGGAUCUGGAAGCCCUCAAGGUGCUAGCUCUUCAGUAUCUGCAUCAGCUGCUCACUUGCAACCCUUCAUUGGCAACAUCAUUCUGGUGACAUCCUUCAUCACCGCAAAAAUCACCCUGGACAUAUAGGUCAAUAACUAAACCCAGGCACAUGAACGGGUCAUACGCUCAGGUUUCGGCUACUGAGGGGAGAGUUCCAGCUUUUUGAGCUGUGUACAGAUAGUCCACCUUUGCAGGAAAAGGAGCAGCUAGUGGUGAGUUCCUCAAGGCUUGAUUAUAACACCAAUAUCCUGCUCAAAUAUUCACUGUCCUGCACUUGCCCGAGAUGUAAAGAUAAUUUCUAGUACAAUAUCUACAUGAAUUCGUUUUCUGCAUUUCACGAUGAGCUACCUUAGAAAACUACAACUUCAGACAGAUACAAGAGGAUUUUCUGAUUCCAUCUCUUUUAGAGGUUGUACCAAUUUGUAGUUCUGGGUGCAAUAUCUUCCCCUAAUCGAACAAUCAGCAUAUAGGGUAGUAGUUUCAUAAAUCAUAAUUCAAGUCAUCAUUGAAAGACUAAUUUUCUAA